CUACCUUCCAUAGAAAACUCAAUUGAAACUUUUUGGCAGAGUCUGAACAAUCUCUUUGUUGUCGCCAAGAACGAGACGUCCCUAUAAAUUUUGCAAUGUCGCUGGUUCGAACAGUGACAAUCGUUCUUUUUAUAAUCGCGUUUCUGCAAAACGCUGCGGCUCAGAAAAGACAGCAAAGUAUCGUUAAGUCUCGCGGUGCGGUUGCAACGGAUGAUGGACGGUGUUCUGUAAUUGGGAUGAGUGUUCUUCGUGAAGGAGGAAACGCGAUUGAUGCGUCGGUGGCUGCUGCUCUUUGUUUGGGCGUUGUCAGUCCCGCGUCUAGCGGUAUAGGCGGUGGAGCGUUUACAGUGGUUAAGAUAGCUGGUGGGAAAGAAAUAGCUUAUGAUUCUAGAGAAACCGCUCCUCUAAGCGCCACUGAGAAUAUGUAUGGAGGUAAUGUUGAGCUAAAGAAGAAAGGAGCCUUAUCAGUAGGUGUUCCCGGGGAAGUCGCAGGUCUAUUCACGGCCUGGAAACAACACGGGAAGCUACCGUGGAAGCGGUUAGUGAGUCCAGCAGAGAAACUUGCUGAAGGAUUCAAGAUUUCAAAGUAUCUUUAUAUGCAGAUGAACGCGACUAGAAGCGAUAUCUUAGCAGACAAAGGUCUCUCUGACCUAUUUGUUUCAAAUGGAGAGCUCAAGAAACCAGGGACGAUUUGCCAUAACCCAAAAUUGGCUUUAACCUUAAGGCUAAUUGGAGAGUACGGUCCAAAAGCAUUUUACAAUGGCACGGUUGGGGUUAACCUAGCGAGAGAUAUCCUUAAAUCUGGAGGGAUAAUAACUUUGAAAGAUCUCCAAAGUUAUAGAGUUAAGAUUAAAGAACCGUUGGCCGCAGACAUUCUUGGAUAUCGAGUACUUGGUAUGCCUCCUCCUUCAUCCGGUGGCGCUGCAAUGAUGCUUGUUUUGAACAUUCUUUCCCAAUAUGGGAUUCCAUCAGGUGUUUCAGGCCCUCUCGGUGUUCAUCGACUAGUCGAAGCUCUGAAACAUGCGUUCGCAGUUAGAAUGAACCUAGGGGAUCCAGAUUUCACUGAUGUUACCAAGGUUGUUUCGGAUAUGUUGUCUCCAAAGUUUGCACAAGACUUGAAGAGAAAGAUAAACGACCAAAAAACCUUUGAUCCAAAAUAUUACGGCGGCAUGUGGAAUCAGAUCGACGACCACGGGACAAGUCAUUUAUCGAUCAUAGAUAGCGAGAGGAAUGCAGUUUCAAUGACUAGUACAAUAAAUGGUUACUUUGGGGCAUUGAUGCUAUCUCCGAGCACAGGAAUAGUUCUGAACAACGAAAUGGACGAUUUCUCAAUCCCGAUGAAAUCAAAGGGUAACUUAGAUGUUCCACCACCAGCACCAGCUAACUUCAUCCGCCCUGGAAAACGACCUUUGUCCUCUAUGUCACCCACCAUUGUACUCAAGGAUGGUAAAGUGAAAGCCGCAGUAGGUGCAAGCGGGGGAGCGAAUAUCAUUGCUGGGACAACGGAAGUUUACUUGAAUCAUUUUUUCCUCAAGAUGGAUCCUCUUUCUUCCGUCUUAGCUCCAAGAAUCUACCAUCAGCUGAUACCAAACAGAGUAUCGUAUGAGAAUUGGACCACGGUAUUCAAAGAUCAUUUCGAGAUUCCUAAAGCGACAAGAGUUGUGUUGGAGAAGAAAGGUCAUGUCCUAUCGCCCAUCGCCGGAGGGACGAUUGCUCAGUUCAUAGUUCAAGAAUCCGGUGGGAACUCUGCCGGGAGGAGUGAGCUUGUGGCAGUAACAAUGCUGCUUGUUCGUACUGCGACGGUCGCUCUUCUUCUAAUCGCGUUUCUGCAAAACGCUAAUGCUGAGAAAAAUCAGCAAAGUAUUGUUGCGUAUCACGGUGCGGUUGCCACGGACGAUGGGCGGUGUUCUGAAAUCGGGACGACUGUUCUUCGUCAAGGAGGAAACGCGAUUGAUGCGUCGGUGGCUGCUGCUCUUUGUUUGGGCGUUGUCAGUCCCGCGUCUAGCGGUAUAGGCGGUGGAGCGUUUAUAGUAAUCAAACUCGCUAAUGGCGAAGAAAUAGCUUAUGAUUCUAGAGAAACCGCUCCUCUAAGCGCCUCUGAGAAUAUGUAUGGUGGUAAUCCUGAGCGAAAGAAGAAAGGAGCCUUAUCAGUAGCCGUUCCGGGGGAAGUCGCGGGUCUAUUCACGGCUUGGACAAAACACGGAAAGUUACCAUGGAAGCAGUUAGUGGAACCCGCAGAGAAACUUGCAGCUGAAGGUUUCGAGAUUUCAAAAUAUCUCUAUAUGCAGAUGAACGCGACUAGAAGCGAUAUCUUAGCAGACAAAGGUCUCUCUGAGCUUUUUGUUUCAAAUGGAGAGCUCAAGAAACCAGGGAUGAUUUGCCAGAACCCGAAAUUGGCUUUUACACUAAGCCAAAUCGCUGAAUACGGUCCAAAAGCGUUUUACAAUGGCACGGUUGGGGCUAACCUAGUGAGUGAUAUACAAAACUCCGGAGGAAUAAUAACUUUGAAAGAUUUGCAGAAUUACAACGUUAAGGUUAAAGAACCAUUAUCUGCGGAUAUUCUUGGAUACCGAUUACUCGGCAUGCCUCCUCCUUCAUCUGGUGGCCCUGCAAUGAUGCUUAUUUUGAACAUUCUUGCUCAAUAUGGUAUUCCAUAUGGUGUUCACGGCGCCCUCGGUGUUCAUCGACUAGUUGAGGCUCUCAAACAUGCAUUCGCGGUAAGAAUGAACCUCGGGGAUCCAGAUUUCGUCCCUGAUGUUACCAAGGUUGUUUCAGAUAUGUUGUCUCCAAAGUUUGCGCAAGACUUGAAGAGCAAGAUAAACGAUGAGAAGACCUUUGGUCCAAAAUCUUACGGUGGCAAAUGGAAUCAGAUCAAGGAUCAUGGGACGAGCCAUUUAUCGAUAAUAGAUUCGGAGAGAAAUGCUGUUUCAAUGACUACUACAAUCAACGGAUACUUUGGGGCAAUAAUGCUGUCUCCGAGCACUGGAAUUGUUCUAAACAACGAAAUGGACGAUUUCUCGAUCCCAAUGAAAUCCGGAGGUGGCCCAGAUGUGCCGCCACCGGCACCAGCUAACUUCAUCCGUCCGGGGAAACGACCUUUGUCCUCUAUGACUCCCACCAUUGUACUCAAGGACGGUAAAGUGAAAGCAGCACUGGGUGCGAGCGGAGGAAUGUACAUCAUCGCCGGUACAACAGAAGUUUACUUGAAUCAUUUCUUCCUCAACAUGGAUCCUCUCUCUUCCGUUGUUGCUCCAAGAAUCUACCACCAGCUGAUACCGAACAAAGCUUCGUAUGAGAAUUGGACGACAGUGUAUAAUGACCAUUUUGAGAUUCCUGAAGAGACAAGACUUGUGUUGGAGAAGAAAGGUCAUGUCCUAAUGCCGAUUGCCGGAGGGACGAUUUCUCAGUUCAUAGUUGAAGAAUCCGAUGGAAGCUCCGGUGGAAUGAGUAAGCUUGUGGCGGUCAGUGAUCCAAGGAAAGGAGGGCAACUCCUGAAGAGAGCUCUCGAUAAAGCUACGAAUUCUUCUUCCGGUAUCUAUCAUCGCCGUGAGAUUUCUCUCCUCCGCGCUGAUUUCUCCACUUCUCCUUCGAUUGCUGAUGCUCCGCCGCAGAUUCCGCCGUUCGAUUACCAGCCACGGCCGUAUAAAGGUCCUUCCGCCGAUGAAGUUUUUCAGAAACGGAAGAAGUUUCUCGGACCUUCUCUUUUCCACUUCUACCAAAAGCCUCUUAACAUUGUUGAAGGGAAGAUGCAGUACUUGUUUGAUGAGAGUGGUAGGCGAUAUCUGGAUGCGUUUGCUGGGAUAGUCACUGUCUCGUGCGGUCACUGCCAUCCGGAGAUUCUAAAUGCUAUUGUGGAACAGAGCAAGCUUCUUCAGCACGCGACGACCAUAUACCUGCAUCAUGCCAUAGGCGAUUUCGCUGAAGCAUUAGCUGCUAAGAUGCCUGGAAAUCUAAAGGUUGUGUACUUUGUGAAUUCUGGUUCAGAAGCUAAUGAGCUAGCAAUGAUGAUGGCUAGGCUUUACACUGGUAGCCUUGAGAUGAUUUCCUUGAGAAAUGCUUAUCAUGGUGGGAGUUCUAAUACCAUUGGACUAACAGCUCUUAACACAUGGAAGUACCCAUUACCACAGGGGGAAAUCCAUCACGUAGUAAAUCCAGAUCCAUACCGUGGAGUAUUUGGCUCUGAUGGUUCUCUUUAUGCUAAAGAUGUCAAAGACCACAUCGAGUAUGGUACCUCUGGAAAAGUAGCUGGAUUUAUCGCAGAGACCAUCCAGGGGGUCGGAGGAGCUGUAGAAUUGGCUCCUGGUUACUUAAAGUCGGUUUAUGAAAUUGUUCGCAACGCUGGUGGUGUAUGCAUUGCCGAUGAAGUCCAAACUGGAUUUGGGCGAACAGGAAGUCAUUAUUGGGGUUUCCAGACUCAAGAUGUGGUUCCUGACAUAGUCACAAUGGCAAAGGGAAUUGGAAAUGGAUUGCCAUUAGGAGCUGUGGUGACUACACCAGAAAUCGCGAGUGUUUUAGCCAGCAAGAUUCUGUUCAACACAUUUGGUGGAAACCCGGUUUGUUCAGCUGGUGGACUUGCUGUUCUAAACGUUAUUGACAAGGAGAAACGCCAAGAACAUUGUGCUGAAGUUGGUUCACACCUUAUUCAACGUUUGAAAGAUCUGCAGAAAAGACAUGAUAUCAUUGGAGAUGUGAGAGGAAGAGGACUAAUGGUUGGGAUCGAGCUUGUGAGUGACCGGAAAGACAAGACACCAGCCAAGGCUGAAACAGCUGUCUUGUUUGAGCAACUUAGAGAACUUGGCAUUCUCGUUGGAAAAGGAGGACUUCAUGGGAACGUUUUCAGGAUAAAGCCACCAAUGUGUUUCACUAAAGAUGAUGCAGAUUUCUUGGUAGAUGCACUGGACUAUUCCAUCUCCAGGUUAUGAACAAGGAUGAAACAAAGCCAAUGAGAGUUUUUAACCGUAUGAUCCGUUUUAAUGUUUCCGCAUCUUUGUAACGAACAAGGAUAAAAUUUAUUUAUUUCCCAGUGUUGUUAGUUCUCAGUCCGUUUUCCUUUCUGUUUUUUAGAUGAAUAAAUCCAAAACCAAUUG